AUGGAUCAAGUCAAUUACAUCUUCGAGAAGCCUUAUCUAACUGGAAGAGUAGCCCAUUGGAAAAUGGAUUUAACUGAGUACGACGUCCAACAUGUCACUCAAAAAACUAUCAAGAGGGGUAUGUUGCCAGACUAUCUUGCACAACAACCUUUGGAGGACUACCAGUCUAUGUGCUUUGAAUUCCCUAAUGAGGAGAUCAUGUUGAUUAGGGAUUGCAACAUCCCUGGUCCCAAGGAAGGACCAAAACUUGGACCUCGGUGGAUAGUUGUGUUUGAUGGAGAUUCUAACGCUCAUGGCAAUGACAUUGGAGCAAUCAUCACCUCCCCGACUGGUUUUCACUUACCUUUCACGGCAAGGUUGUGUUUUGAAUGUACCAACAAUAUGGAAGAGUAUGAGGCUUCUAUCUUCGGAAUAGAAGCUGUUAUUGAUCUUAGGAUCAAAAUUCUUGCAGUGCACGGAGAUUCAGCCUUGGUCAUCAGCUAA